GGCUUGAGAGCGGGGCGGGGCGGGGGAGGCGCGCGUGCGCGAUCCGCGGCCCCCGCCGGCGCUCGUGUUUCCUGGGCACCGUGGACGGCGGCGUGUACGGGGGUCGGCGGCGAGGCUCUCGCGAGCGAGCACCGGAGGAGGCAUGGCCGAGACCCGCGAGCCCCGCGGCGCCGCGGAGGCCGGCCUGGACCCGGUGGAGUUCACCCUGCGGAAGCGGCUUCCCCCCCGCCUGCCCCGGAGGCCCAACGACAUCUACGUCAACAUGAAGACCGACUUCAAGGCGCAGCUGGCGCGCUGCCAGAAGCUGCUGGACGGGGGCGGCCGGGGGCAGCGCGCGUGCGCCGAGAUCUACAUCCACGGCCUGGGGCUGGCCAUCAACCGCGCCAUCAACAUCGCGCUGCAGCUGCAGGCCGCCAGCUUCGGCUCCCUGCAGGUGGCCGCCAACACCUCCACCGUGGAGCUGGUGGACGAGCUGGAGCCGGAGGCCGACGAUCGAGAGCCGCUCACCAGGAUCCGGAACAACUCGGCCAUCCACAUCCGGGUCUUCAGGGUCACGCCCAAGUGACUGAGGCCGGCUCCCGUCCACCAGCUCGUGACGCGCUCGCGUCCGGGCUCCGUGUGGUUCCUCUGGCGCUUGUGCCGAGUUCCGUCGCGGACCUCUUCUCAGAGCCGCGUGAGGAAAGACAUGUUCCCUCAGCCUCGAGGACCGUGAACGGAGGUCUGAGGAGAGAUCUUGUCCUGUGUAAUAAAAGUACCGAGUUGUGUCGGUGCAGGCUUCCCGUG